GUGAUUUUUGGAGGGUGAUGUAGGGUAGGGUUGGGUGUUCGUGUUGGUAAUGUGUGAAGAUAAGGAGGAGGUGAGGGCCGAAGCGCCGGCGAGCCCGCAGCGGCUGUGCUGGGCGCGCCGCCCGCCCGCGCCGCUGCCCGACACCAGGGGGCUCUGUUGUGCGAAGCUGCUCAGGAAAAACGGCAAACCUAAAAAGGUCCUCAUGUUCCCUGAGGAGGGCUGGGCGCGGAGUGCCUCCUCCUCGUACUGGACGCUGCAGCCGUGCUGGUGGCGGCGCACCAGGUGCAAGGUCGUGGAGGUGGCUGGCACUAGGAGACAUAGCACUCAGGCAAGGAUGGUGGUGAGCGGCGGCAACGCGGUGUACAUUGUUGGCACUUUUAAGCACCUUGGGACUGAUGCCGAUUUUAAGUUAUACCUGACCACGAACGUGACGCAGGCGGACUUCAACAUGGGGUACACCAUGACGGGCACCCUCGAGCGCGGCAGUCGCUCAACCAACACCUUCCAGAUGACGCACUUCGCGGUGCUGCGACGCUGCGACCAUGAGAGCCACCACCUCAAGAACUCCUAAAACAAAUGAACAUUCUAAUUUUUUU